GAUUGGUCGAUUUAAAUUAGUUUAUUGAUAAAAUAUGGAAUAUAGCCAACUCUGGCGAAAACCAAGCAUAGUCGGAAAGGAAUCAAAAUCCGUUACUAAUGCGAGUCUAUAAUACAACCUGCUGCACACAUUCUUUGUUCAGAUUCAUGCCUUCUUCGAAAUUAUUAGGCUAUUCUAAUUCUAAUAAUUUCCACAGCGUUAUUUCCCCCUCUUUCUCUAAAACUAAAACUAAAACCCCCAAAUUCUCGUCUUUCAUCUCCGCCACCAUGUCCACUGUUUCCACCGACAAGAAUCAAACUCAUACCCAUCCUUUGCAGGUUGCAAAGCGGUUAGAGAAGUUCAAAACAACAAUUUUCACUCAAAUGAGUAUGCUUGCCAUCAAACAUGGAGCCAUAAACCUUGGUCAGGGUUUUCCAAACUUUGAUGGUCCAGAUUUUGUAAAGGAAGCAGCAAUUCAAGCAAUCAGGGAUGGGAAUAAUCAGUAUGCCAGGGGUUAUGGAGUUCCAGACCUCAACAUCGCCAUUGCCGAGAGGUUCAAGAAAGACACGGGACUAGUGGUAGAUCCUGAAAAGGAAAUUACUGUUACAUCUGGGUGCACGGAAGCAAUUGCUGCAACUGUGUUAGGGUUGAUAAAUCCUGGUGAUGAGGUUAUCGUGUUUGCUCCUUUUUAUGAUUCUUAUGAAGCCACUUUAUCCAUGUCUGGUGCAAAUGUCAAAGGUAUCACUCUGCGACCUCCAGAUUUUGCUCUUCCGAUUCAAGAGUUGAAAUCCACUAUCUCGAAGAAUACUCGUGCCAUUCUUUUAAAUACCCCUCACAAUCCUACCGGAAAGAUGUUUACUCGAGAGGAGCUCAAUACCAUUGCAUCUCUUUGCAUUGAGAAUGAUGUGCUAGUUUUCUCCGAUGAAGUUUAUGAUAAGUUGGCGUUUGACAUGGAACACAUUUCAAUUGCUUCUUUGCCUGGAAUGUUUGAGCGGACGGUGACAAUGAACUCGUUGGGGAAGACAUUCUCCUUGACUGGAUGGAAAAUCGGCUGGGCCAUAGCACCUCCACACUUAACAUGGGGAGUGCGUCAGGCACAUGCUUUCCUCACUUUUGCAACCUCAAAUCCUAUGCAAUGGGCUGCUGCAGUAGCUCUUAGAGCUCCAGAUUCUUAUUAUACUGAAUUGAAGAGGGAUUAUAUAGAAAAGAGAGCUAUUUUGGUUGAAGGGUUGAAGGCCGUUGGCUUCAAGGUAUUCCCAUCUACCGGAACCUAUUUUGUGGUUGUUGAUCACACCCCUUUUGGACAUGAAAAUGAUGUUGCAUUCUGCGAAUAUCUAGUUAAAGAGGUGGGAGUGGUGGCAAUUCCAACCAGUGUUUUUUACUUGAAUCCAGAAGAUGGAAAGAAUUUAGUCCGAUUUACUUUCUGCAAGGAUGAAGGAACUCUUAGGGCUGCUGUUGAAAGGAUGAAGGAGAAGCUUAGAAAAUGAUAUCUAUUCAUGAUCAUGUCAUGUGUUAUAUGUUGGUUUGGAGGUAUUUAUUUUUCCAGAAAUCCAAUUGUAGGUAGGAUUGUAAUAAAUUGAGGUUGAUUAGCUUAACAGUCUCAGUCAUUAGUAACAACUUAUCUGCCAAGAUUGUGAUUUUUUUCCCCCUGAACUUAAUGUUAUGAUGGCUAUGUACUUUUAAAUGAAUAAUACUAGUUUGAAGGUGUACAUUAUGUAUACA